CACUCUAAUAUGUUGUAUUAAUACAUCUUGUAAAAGGUCAUGAUAAUCACAUACACAGUGCUGGUCAUAUAAAGCUAUGUUUUCAGACUGGAAUUAGAAUGCAAUAAAUUCAGUUAUUCUGUUCUUUGCGACACUCAUAUAAAAUUUGCUUGUGGAACAUUAAAAACAUUCAACAUGUGGAAACACGCAGCAGUGUUAUUUCUGGUUUUGUUUCAUUUCCAAUCUACUGUUUGCCUUCCGGUCGGCGUUUCUAAUGAAAGCUUCAACUGUAGAAAGUACACGGAUUAUGCACUACAUGAAAUGACUUGUAGAACUGAUGGCAUGUUUAACAUGCGAGGCGAAUUACUGAGCGACGCACGAGCAACUUGCAGUAAUGUGACGCGUAAAGAAUCCUACCUGAACUGCAUAAAAUCACUGUCUGACCAAUGUCCAGAGCAAUAUGACCAGGUGGCCGAUUCUAUAAAAAGAAAACUGGACACUUUUUGUGAUGGCAACGACGUCUCGGAGUGGCUUCAAUCAGUGGAACUCGCCCGGACUCCGCCCACUGAUAACUGUCCAGAAUUACCAAUUAGCGAAGUGUAUGGCGACUGUAUUAAAAAGUUCUAUGCUCAAAACAAACUUGGCGAUCGCAUCACUUCUUUUGAAACAGCAACGGAAUAUUUGCCAAG